AUGUGUCUCCUUAUUGGUUUUAUAAUCAUCCCUUAUAUCUUUUAUCGUUUAUAUCAACAUUUUUUUCCAACACCAAACAUUAAUCCUAAUGGUAAAUAUGUUCUUAUUAGUGGUUGUGAUAGUGGAUUUGGUCAUGGUUUAGCUAUUGAACUUGAUAAACAAGGUUUUAAUGUUCUUGCUGGCGUCUUACUUCCAGACAAUGUAGCAUCUCUUAAAGAAAAACUUUCAUCAAAAGCUACAGUUUUUCGUCUUGAUAUUACUAAGCAAGAAGAUAUUGAUAGUGCAUUUGAAUUAGUCAAUAAAGAAACAAAAGUUCUUCAUGCACUUGUUAAUAAUGCAGGGAUAGCUAUUUUGGGUAAUAUCGAUUGGGUAUCAAUGGAAGAUAUGCGUAAAGUUAUGGAUGUGAACUAUUUUGGACAUGUUGCAAUGACAAAAAAGUUUUUACCUUUUCUUAUUGCUAAACGUGAUUCACGUGUUGUUAAUAUUUGUUCUGCAGCUGGUUAUCUUGCAUUAGCAAAUAUGUCUGCUUAUUGUGCAUCGAAAUAUGCCUUUGAAUCAUUUUCAGAUUGUUUACGUCGAGAAAUGGUUCCAUGGGGUUUACGUGUUAGUAUUAUUGAACCAGGAUACAUGCGAACACCUAUUAUUGAAUCACUUUCGAAAUCAUUUGAAGAUUUGUGGAGUCAACUUUUAAGUGAUGCUCAAGAACGAUGGGGAGAACGUUUUCUUAGAGCAUACAAUGAGAUGAUAUCGAAGAAUGUGUUCGUUAAGUAUGCUGAAGAUCCUAUGAAAGUGAUUGGAGCUCUUCAACAUGCUGUUAUGAAUACUGUUCCUCGUAUUCGUUAUCGACCUGGAUGGCAAUCAAGUCUUAUUUUCUUUCCGAUUUCGAACUUACCUGCUUGGAUUGUGGAUUGGGUUUUCAGUCAAUUAGAUAAAUUACCUCAUGUUCCUACAAGUGUCGGCAAGCAACACAAAGAUAAAAACUGA